CUGGCCCCCCCAGGAGCUCUGAGCCCGUGGAGGUUCAGACAGGGGCCCUCUGCCCUCCUGAGCCGCCUGCAGGAUCCUGCAGAGGAAGUGUCCCUUCCUGCCACCACAGAAGCACAGCACUUGUCACUCCAGCAAUGACCAGAGCCCCAGCUUUUUCCUCCGUGUGCCCUGGACACUGUCCCUGUGCGGCUGGCCGGCUCUGCCCUGAGUGAACUGGAAAGUUUGUCCUCUUGUGGAGACAAAUCACCAGGCCGUGGAGCUGAGGGACGGCUUCCUGGAAUCCCGGCCGCCACCGCCUGGCCAGGCUCAUGGGAAAGGCUCUGGCACGGAUGGCAGCCUCCGGCCUCCUGCUCCUCCUGGGGCUGCCUGUGGGGGCCUGGCCCGGCCUGGGGCUGCCCCGAAGGCCAUGUGUGCAGUGCUGUUGCCCGCCUGGCCCCCGGCCGCCCCCGACACCUACACCCCCCGGAGCGCUGGGGAGCAGUGGGUGCCCCGCGUGCAGCCCGCCAUCAACAUCUCCAUCCUCAAAGGUGAGAAGGGCGAACCGGGGGUCAGAGGUCCCUCUGGUAGGAGCGGGAAGGAGGGUCCGCCGGGCUCCCUGUGUCAGUGUGUCUAUGCGGCCUUCUCUGUGGCUGGCAGGAGGGCCUGCACAGUGCCCACCGCUUCCAGGCCGUGCCCUUCAACAUAGAGCUGGUGAACCUGGACAGGGCCUUCCACCCAGCGUCCGGUCGCUUCCUGUGUGCCGUGCCCAGCGUCUACUUCCUGAGCCUCAACGUGCACACGUGGAACUACAAGGAGAUGUACUUGCACAUCAUGUGCAGCGGGCGGGCUGCCGCCAUGCCCUACACGCAGCCUGGCGAGUGCGGCGUCAUGCAGACCCAGAGCCUGCUGCUGCCCCUGGCAGCCUGAGACACCAUCUGGGUGCGCGUGUUCCAGCAGGAACGCGACAACGCCAUCUACGUUUUGUAGACUAACGCUGGACACAACCUGGAAAAGUGAAUAGACAGGAUUCUAGAACAUUCUGACCCAGCCUAGGAGACACUGGAGCAGAGCCUGAAGAUACAGUAGUGAACACUGUGGCAGAGACCGAGGACACCCCGAGGACGAGAGUGGCCGGGGUGUCCACGAGGCAGGAGGCUGUGACACCUCCACGUGACGUGCAUCCCAUGUGCUAACGCACAUUCCAGUGGAGUAAAAGUGUCACCAGCAAGACAGCCACUGAACACAAGUGGGACACACCCUCUCCACGGGGGCAUGAUCCACAACGGCCAAAACAGGGGAGGCACGGAAAAACGUGAUCCAUCCAUACAAUGGAAUGUUACUCAAGACAGACCAACAGGGGUGGGCCACAGGGGUGGGCCACAGGGGUGGGCCCGGAGGGCAUCGCGCUCGGGGAGAUAAGCCUGUGGCAGGAAGACAAAUAGGGCGGUAUUCCGCUUCUCGAGGCCCCUCGAGCCGUCAGAUCCCUGGAGACAGAAGGUGGA